CAAAUCCCAGCAUUUGUGCUUCGACAACAAGAUGGGCAAGGAGGAAGUGUACUUCUACAUCCCCAACCUCAUCGGCUACACGCGGGUGCUCUUGACAGGCUACAGCUUCUACGUGGCGCUCUCAGACUGGAAGACGGCGGUCGUGUGCUACGCCAUCAGCUUCAUCUGCGACUUUUUCGAUGGGUACUUUGCCCGAUGGUUCAACCAAUGCUCGACGUUUGGCGCUGUCUUGGACAUGGUGACAGACAGAUGCUCCACUGCCGGCCUGCUCGUGAUCUUGUCGCAUCUGGACAAAGACAACACGCUGCUGUUCCUCUUCCUCCUUGUACUAGACUUCUCAUCGCACUGGUAUCACAUGUACGCAUCCCGCGGUCACCACAAGAGCGUGGACUCGAAGAAGAACUUCUUGCUCCGCGUGUACUACGGGUGCUACCCAUUGUUUGGGUAUUGCUGCGUCGGAGCCGAGUUCUUUUACAUCUUGUACUACGUGCUGCAGCACGACCCCACGUAUCUUGUGCCAUAUGUCGACAUCCCGUUGUCCAUCGUCUGCUACUACGUGUGCCUUCCCGCCUGUGUAAUCAAGAACAUCAUCAACGUGGCCCAGCUGUGCUCGGCUGCCGCGAGCGUGGCCGAAUACGAUUUCGACCAAAAGCUGCAGAAAACGUCCUAGAUAUACUAACCAUCAGCAGUGUUAUUAUAGCAGUGUUAUUAUAGCAGUGUUAUUAAUAGCCCAACUACUACAGUACCCCUGCCUAACCAUAAAGUGUACUCCUGCAAUCUCCA